CCAAGGCGUGCGUCCAUCUCGUGUACUCUACCUGUACUGGCCAUUUCCCACCACGCAGUGACAGAGACAUGACGCUAGCCACUACAGCCUCAUCGUCUGCCACAGCUGCAGUCGCCCUGCGGCGCACUCUCGUCGCCUCGCGGCGGGUGGCCACGCAGGCUCGAUACCAGUCUACGACUUCCUCCCAGUCGUCGUCCUCCAGCAAUGACCGAGCCUCCUCCUCGUCAUCCUCUUCCUCAUCCUCAAGCUCGUCAUCCCGACUCCCACCCUCUGCCCUCCCGCCGACACCGUCUGUCCUCUUGACCGGUUCUGCUCUGGCGCCCAGUCGCCUUAAGCCCCUCACGCCAGCCUUCUACACCGCCCGCCCAUCAUACAUUUCUCUCCUCUUGCAACUCGAGGAUCUCCUACGCAAGUCCAAGCGUGCUCUGGAGCAGCUGCACGUCCUCAAGGGGAAUGCUCCUAUGCCUUCUCUUGUAGAGUUGGCAGACCUCCUAGGAGAGAGGAAGAAGGGCUCUUCAGCCGCUUCCGUAGGACCUGCGCCUUCCUGGCAAAAGAUUGGAGAGAUGGGAAGUCUGCUAGGUAUGCCACUCAAGGCGUCCCAGUACAGGAACAUCGCCACAGCCCUUUCGCGUCUCGCACGGUAUGCUCCUUUGGUCAAGGUACAUCUGCCGACUUCGUCCAAGGUGGAGCAUCAGAGGUUGGCCAAGGAGGUGGAUGAGGUCAUGGAGGUCUUCAAGAGACGCACAGGAGCGGCAGACCAGAGAGCCGAUCGGGUCACGCCUGGGACCGGAGUGGAUACCAAGGGGAGGAUCUGGGCAAAUGGUAGGAGGAAAGAGUCGACUGCAAUGGUCUGGAUCGCACCCCUGGAAACUCAAGCAGGAGGGGCAGGUGACGCAGCUUCGGUAUCAGCUCCAGGAUCAGCACCUGCCUCACCUCCCCUGGGAGAAGUCAUGGUCAAUGGCUUCACCAUUUCCAAGUACUUUACUCGCACCACACAUCGCGAAGACAUUCUCCACCCACUUCGCCUCGUCAACCUCCUCGGCGCAUUCAACAUCUUUGCCCUCGUCUCAGGCGGCGGGCACACAGGUCAAUCAGGCGCCGUAGCCCAUGGACUGGCCAAAGCUCUUGUGCGAUACUUUGAAGAGAAGCUAGCAGCGGCCGAAGCGAGUGGGAAUGAGGCUCAGGAGCAGGAGUGGGCUAGAUUGAGAGUUAGUGUGAGGGAGGUAUUGGGAAGGGAUGGUGUGUUGAAGAGGGACCCGAGAAUGGUGGAGAGGAAGAAGACCGGAUUGGCAAAGGCGCGAAAGGCGUACACUUGGGUCAAGCGAUGAGCGGAGGAGAGCAGAACAGAACAGCGCAGUGUGAUUGCAAUGCUACGAGCUCUCGCAACGGUCGAGUAAUCGAAAAUGUGGUGUGACACCAGGCGAUUCUGCAGCAUUUCCUCUACACUCAAGACGGAUAGAUGUAGAAGAGUCACUGGUGAUACAGAGUGUCCCCCUCCCUCACUUCUUCU